GGGUUUUUUAGCGCGACACUGGUAAGAAUUAGCGGACUAAAAACAGGAAGAAUAUAAUCGACCCGAGAUUAGCGAGCAAUUACCAGUGGAAAUGGAGGAGACGAUACCCUUCAAAAAUCUCUACAGCAGAGAAUACCAAGGUCACAAGAAGAAGGUGCAUUCGGUGGCAUGGAAUUGCGCGGGCACGAAACUGGCAUCCGGUUCAGUCGAUCAAACUGCUCGCAUUUGGCAUAUUGAACCUCAUGGUCACGGUAAGGUUAAAGACAUCGAGCUAAAGGGGCAUACUGAUAGUGUUGAUCAAUUGUGUUGGGAUCCAAAGCACGCUGAUUUGAUUGCAACUGCUUCGGGUGACAAGACAGUUCGUUUGUGGGAUGCUCGCAGUGGAAAAUGCUCACAGCAGGCUGAACUCAGUGGGGAGAACAUCAACAUCACUUUUAAGCCAGACGGAACUCACGUAGCAGUCGGCAACAGGGAUGAUGAAUUAACAAUAUUGGAUGUCCGCAAAUUUAAGGCCUUGCAUAAACGCAAGUUCAACUAUGAGGUAAUAUCGUGUUCAGACUAAUGCUUGUGCACUCUCAAUUAUUUAGU